AUGACAGACGACGUCGUCCGGCUCUGGCCGCCGAAGCCCAACGCAACAACACCGAUCAAAUGCCUCGGUCCCAUGGUGCGCGCCAACAGCACGGCGCUGCGCAUCCUCGCGCUCGAGAGCGGCGCGGACAUGGUCUACUCCGAAGAGCUCAUCGCGCGGCGCAUGGACGUGACCCAGUUCCGGUUGAACGAGACGCUCGGCACGGCGGACUGGCUCGACGCCAACGGCAAAUCGGUGGCCCUGCGCGUGGACCCGGCCCGCGAGCGGGGGCGCCUCGUGGUGCAAUUCGGCGCGGCCGACGGCGACGUCGCCGCGCGCGCGGCGGAAGCCGUCGCGCGCUACGCGAGCGGCGUGGACCUGAACAUGGGCUGCCCCAAGCCCUUCAGCGCGGGCAACGGCAUGGGCUCGGCGCUCAUGCGCGACCCCGCGCGCGCGGCGUCGAUCGUGAAGGCGAUGCGGCGC